AUGGACGGCGAGCCACCGCAGGAGGAGGACUUUUCCCAGAUCCCCCUCGUUGAACGCAGUACCCACAAGAAUUGGAAAGCCCGCUUGAGUGCGUACAACGAUGUCAUCGCCGGGUCGGCCAAGACUGCAAGCGACACGGAUCCCUUCUUCCGACCCUUCGUGUCGGAUGGCUCGUUAUUGAAGAAAUGGUGUCUCGAUGCCAACGCCGUUGCUCAGGAGAAGGGUAUCGAAGCAGUGCUUGCUAUCGUCACAAACAGCGGCGAGACUAGCGCACGGCUACGGACCGAAGUCGUUCCAUCUCUUGUUGAGAAGGCGCUCGGCAACUCGCGUGCAGGGACAAAGAAGAAGGCCGUUGACCUGUGUCUCAUGUUUAUCGAGGUCGAGAACACUGGCGAGGGCGUAGUUACCGACGUGCUGGUAGGCCUUGACGCCAAGGCACCCAAGACCAUCGCCGGAGCAGUAGCCUGCUUGAAAGAGGCCACUCAAUUGUACGGCGUCCCGGGUCUAGGCAACGUCAAGCCGCUUCUCAAAGCUCUGCCCAAGAUCUUUGGACAUUCCGACAAGAAUGUGCGCGCCGAGGGAACUGCCCUUACGCUGGUGCUUUACUCGUUCCUCGGCCCUGCCCUUAUGCCCGCACUGGCCGACCUCAAGCCCGUGCAAAUGACCGACCUGCAAAAGUCGUUUGACGCUCUGGAUGCCGACGGCAAGGGCAAGGGAAGCGGCAAGCCGACACGAUGGACACGCAAGGCUCAGCGCGAGCGUGAGGAGGCUGCAGACGCUGGAGAGGAUGGGGACGGUGCAGGAGAGGAGGCGGCAGAAGAAAUCGACCCAAUGUCCCUACUCGACCCUGUGGAUGUGUACAAGCUCUUCCCCGACAACGUCCUGGAGCUCCUCGCCUCGUCCAAAUGGAAGGAGCGACUGGAGGCAUGCGAAGAGUGCAACAAGGUGCUCGCCGACCCCAAGAACGCGCGAGUUCUCGACACCAACGCCGAUGCAUACGGCCCGCUCGUCCAGACUUUGGGCACCAAGUGCCACAAGGACGCCAACGUCAACGUCGUCAUGGAGGCUGCCAAGCUCAUUGAGGGUUUGGCGCGUGGUCUCGGCAAAGCGUUUGGACGGUACCGCGGCGUCACGCAGAUGGGCAUGCUGGAACGAUUGAAGGAGCGCAAGGCUACCGUGGUCGAGGCCCUCGGCAAGGCUCUGGACGCAGUGUUCCUGACCACCACAUUGCAGGACAUUGUCGAGGAGGUCCUCACCGCCCUCAAGUCCAAAAACCCGCAGGUCAAGGAGGGCACCCUCAACUACCUCCACCGUAGUUUGAAGGCGACUGUCGACGCGCCUGGCAAGGACCAGGUCAAGCCUAUGGCCGAGGCCCUCGUUUCCCUCUUGACUGACAGUGCCGAGCCAGUGCGUACAGCCGCCGCCGAGUGUCUCGGUACCAUGAUGAAGAUUCUUGGCGAACGCGCCUUCAAUCCUUACGUCGAGAGCGUGCCCGAGAUCCAGCUUGCCAAGGUCAAGGAUGCUUUCGGUCGCGCUGAGAUUCGCUACAAGGUCGGCGGACCCAAGAAGGCACCAGCAAAGGCACCUCCAACAAAGGCUGCCCCCGCCAGUCGCGCUCCUGUCAAGAAACCGGCGUCCCCGGUGAAGGCAUCUGGUGGUGACGACCUGCUGGACACUUUCGACGCCCCUCCUAAACGUGCUCCCCCAGGCAGGUUCGCGAUGAAACAAGCGCCUGCAGCUGCCGACGAACUGCUCGACGAGGUUGCUCCCCCCAAACGUGCGCCACCAGCCCGAUUUGCUGCCAAGGCUGCACCUGCAUCUCCUGGCGAUGACCUCUUGGACGAAGUGGCCCCUCCCAAACGUGCACCGCCAGCGAGGUUUGCUGCCAAGGCUGCACCCCCUGCCGACGAGCUCCUCGACGAAGUCGCACCUCCUAAACGUGGUCCACCAGCUCGGCUGAUGGCGCGUAAGCCUCCCAGCUCAUCCCCCGAUGCCACUCCUCCUCCAUCCUCGCCGGCCAAGGCUGCCCCAUCAAGAGCGCCUGCAGCCAAACCAGCAGCCGCCGGACCAUCCAAGCCGGCUGGCAAGUCUGGCGGUGCCAAGACUCUCGCCUCCUCUCCAACAGACCCGAUCAAGUACCGGUUCUCACCAGAAGAAGCCACCGCGCGCGCCGAGGAGUCCAUCCCGGCCAACUACCACACUGCUCUCGCCGACGCCGCGUGGAAGGUGCGCCUGGAAGCGGCUGACGAAAUGGUCACUUGGGUUGGAGAAAAUGGUGGCGCUGAGCAGGUCGAUUCCGAGGUCAUGAUGCGGUUCCUGUGCAAGACGCCGGGCUGGGGCGAGAAGAACUUCCAGGUCUCUGGCAAGCUCUACCAAGUGAUGCAGUUGAUGGCGGAGAGGAGUCCGUCGUUCGGCAAGCCUGCGGCCUCCCUCAUUGUUGGCCCGUUGACAGACAAACUUGGCGACAUGAAGCUCAAGAAGCCAUCAGGUGACGCUCUUACUACUGUUGCCGAGAAGACGUCUUUGGCCUUUGUGUUGGCACAAUCGUACGAGCCCAUGACCAAACAAAAGGCGCCCAAGGCCCAGGCCGAUGCCCUUACUUGGAUCAAACAACAGGUCAUUGACUUUGGCAUUUCUGGCAUUCCCCUCCGCGAACUCAUCACCUUCGUCAAAGCCGCCCUCGGCUCACCCAACGCCAUGGUGCGUUCCAGCGCGACGGCGCUGUUGGUACAGAUCAAGAUUGGUGUUGGUGCCGACAUUUCCGGCUUCAUCGAGGACCUCAACCCGCAGCUCCUGACGACAAUCAACAAGGAGUUUGACAAGGUCGACGGUCAACCCGCUCCUGAACCAACACGCGAGCAGGCCGAUCUCCGUGAUGCUGCACCUGCUGGCAAGGGCGGCAAGGGUGGGGGUGGCGGUGACCCUCUGGAUGACAUCAUCCCCCGCGUCGACCUCGACAAGCUCGUUUCGCAGACUAGUGUGCUCAACGACUCGAAGAGCGACGCUUGGAAGGUUCGCAAGGAGGCGUUCGAGGCCCUCGCAGCUUUGUUGGAGGUCAAGUCAAACUCGCGCUUGAAGCCCAACAUGGGCGAGAUUGCCACCGUCCUCAAAAAGGCCAUGGCCGACACCAACCUGUCCGUCAAGAUGCUCGCUCUUGGUAUCAUCUCAAAGAUUGCUGCGGGCAUGGGCUCGCCUUUCGAAAAGUUUACUCGCAUCCUCGUCGCUGCCGUGGCGAGCGUGUGUGCCGACCAAAAGGCGACGACUCGCAACACUGCCCUCAGCACGCUCACGGCCAUUGCCGAGGCAUGUGGCUCGCUUGACCAUAUGUACACCGGUCUCGCAGCCAGCCUCGAGAGCACCAACCCCGCACUCCGUUCCAGUGUUCUUGGCUGGGUUGCCGAGCGUCUGGCCAUCGACCCGCCUACAGCCUCUGCCGAUCUCGGGCCACUUGCUGCACCAGUCAUCUCGUGCCUCGAAGACCGUAACGGCGACGUCCGCAAGUCAGCCCAGGCUGUACUGCCCUUUGUCGUCCAGAACGCCGGUUUCGACCACGUCAUGGACCAGACUUCGAGCCUCAAGCCGGCGUCAAAGGCCACCAUUCUUCCGCUGAUUCAGAACGCUCGUGGUGCCGCCACCGCUGCCGAGCCCGUCGCCGCUGCUGCUCCCACUCCCAGGGCUUCCGCGCCGCCCUCUCGCGCGCCGUCUGUCAAAGCACCAGCUCGAGUUCCGGGCACCCCGGCUUCUCGCGCCACGGCCACCGGCGCCCUUCCCAAACCAGGCGGAGUCGGUCGCUCGAUCGCGAUGAAGGCUCUCGGCUCGGCACCGAGCACCCGCCCAACUUCGAGUCUCAGCGAGGACCGUCCUACUGGUAUCGCAAAGUCGCGAAUUGCGGGACCUGGGGCGUCGUCGCGCACGACGUCUUCCUCGACCACUGCUUCCCUCCCUGUCGCUUCGUCAUCAGGCCGCACCCUCCCAUUCGUGCACGCUUCUCCCGAGGCACGUACCCAACGCCUGAAACGCGACGCUGCCCGCUGGUCGCUCGACACCGCUGCACGCGCAGACGCCCUCGAAUACCUGCAUCAGCAGAUGGAAGGACACGCGAGCCCCGAAGUGCUGAGCCAGCUGUUCAGCAAGGACCACAGGUCUGAGGAGGACUUCAUGGCCGCUCUCACCGUCGUGGCCGACUUUUACGACGUGGAUGCCUCGGGCUCGUUUGGUCUCGCAGAGGACGAGACACAGGCCAUCCAGCUAGCCAAUGUCGACCUCGCGCUCAAGUACGCUGCUGUGCGGUUGCUCAUGAACAACACCCAGCUCGCCAACCGUUGCCUCGAGGUCAUUACGAAUGUGCUCGACACGCUGGCGCGUAGUGGCGAACGCCUGAACGAGGUUGAGGUCAAGCUCUUCGUGCCUGCCCUGGUCAUCAAGCUUGGCGACGCCAAGUUUGGUCCCAAGCUGGCCCCCAUCUUUGAGGGUCUCGACAAGCUCAUCCCGGCAUCGCAGGUUGUGCAACUGCUCGUUCAACAUGGUCUCGAGGACAAGGGUGCUGGCAAGACGUGCAAAAACGAAAGCCUGCAGCUUAUUGAGAAGGCGUACCGCAAGCGCGGCUCGGUGCUCCGCAAGGAUGACCGCGCCUUCUUCGAAGCCGUGGCCAAGUGUAUCGCCGACCAGGGCACGCGCCAGUCAGCGCUCACGUUGAUGGCCCUCCUGCAGCUCCAGGGCGAGUCACGCGCCCUCCAGGCCGUCAUUGGCGCCAUGCCCCAGUCGUCAAAGGACAUGCUCGCCAAUCGCAAGGCAACGCUUGCGGCUUCCAAGGCUGGUGGGGCUGCCGGUGCAGGCAUCGCCCGAACGGCUGCCUCGGAAGAUAACAUGUCGCCGCGCGCGCAGUCUCCCCGGGCCAAGGUCCCCGCAUCCCAGAUCGCGACCCCCAGUGCAAAUCGUCUCUCUCGCGAGAUGCCUUCUGGUUUGUCUACGCCUGGGCACUCGCGUCCGGUAUCGCGCGGUUUACAGGCGCCCAGCACCUCGCGCUUGCAGGGUGCCAUGACGCCUGCCCGGUCCAUUCCUGGUCCUUCUGGCAUGGCCCGCCCUCUGUCCGUUACGUCUGGUGCUUCAACAAGCGCUCUUCUGCCUCCCAAGCGCACCACAUCCCGCCUGCAGCAGCCUGACGCACUGAGCGGUCCGCCCACUGCCCCACUUCCCAUGCUUCCUCCGGCUGCUAUCCCUGCUCCCCGGCCGUCCAUGCAGCCGCUUGGCCGCGCCCCAUCCUUGCCCCCACCUCCUCCUGCGCCGCUCAGCGACGCAGCCAUUGCGAUUGAGGCUAUCCGAACGCGGGACGUCGACGACGCCGCAGAGGCCCUCAAGACAACCGCCAUGUUCCUCGAGGAGGAUGAGGAGGCGUUCAAGCCCGAGGCAGCCGCGCUGCUGGACGCUCUCUGCUUCCAACUGGAUCUCCUCUCGCCUCAACCAGAGGCCCUGCUUGAACCAGCAACCAUGCGACGCGUCAAGCACCUCAUGCGCACAAUCCACGUUGCGUUCAGCCGCCCACACCUGGUCAAACGCUUCGGCCUUGAGGGUCUCGAGCGACUGUUCGCAGGUAUCCGGAUACACUACGCUACGCUCGAGGUCUGGUGCACGGCUGAGGGCGAGGACAACCAGCCCACCAACGAUUUGCGCGAUUACAUGAGCUUAGUGCUGAGUGCCAUUAUUGCUUCGCCUUCGCGCGAGGUCGUGUACACCAUGCUGUUCGAUGCGUUGGCCGAGCUGUGCAAGGACAUGACCCCCAACCAAGACGCUAGCGUCGCCAGCGAGAUUGGCGUGGUUCUCCAGUGCACAUACAAGCGCGUGCGGUCCAUCGAUGCCGACUUGAGGAACCACCGCAUUGAGGCAGGCGCACUCCUUGCCAUUAUCGAGAACCUCCUCCAGGUCAUCCCGCCUGUCCAGUGGCGUCGUCGACCCAAGUACGGCCUCCCGCACGGCGACUUGCCACUCCGUGUGGUCAAGACGCUCCUCCAACGCAUCAUCGUGUUCACCAAGGAGAUCAACGUGGGCAUCUACGACCUCUUGCAAGAGCAGUUUGGCGCCGAGGCCGACAUGACGACUGUGUACUCGUACAUCUUCCGCAUCUCAUCUGCGACCGACGAGGCCGCUCCCACACCCGUGGCUGCUGCACCGGCUGCUCCCGCACAGCCCUCGCCCAUUGUCGAGCCGAUCCCACGGAGAGCCAACGGUGAGCGCGAGAGGCCCAUCAGCGAACGUCUUGAGCGCACGUUUGAGCGUCCCAUCAGCAUGACCUCGUCUGCCGGCACCCGCAGCAGCGUCGUCCUCCCCGACGCCGCGGCCAUCAAGUCGCCGCCUAGGGACGUGAGCGAUUCUGAGCGUCUCGUGCGCCGUUUGACGGACACGCGCGAUUCGGAACAACGUCUCAACGAGCUGCACGCUUUCAUGAAGAUCAGCCCCGAGAACGAGGUGGAGGUCCGCGCAGCCAUUUCGUCCAUUCUCAACCCUGCAGCGCAGACAUUUGUCUGGCGUGCCCUCGACCGUCGUUCCGAUGACGGAGCUACCCCCGGCUCCCCCGCGCCUUCCUCGCCUGCCCGAUCCCCUAUGCGCGAGAUGCACUCGCCCCCACUGAGCUCGAGCACGAACCGCCAGUCGUUUGGCGGGUACACCAGCGCUCCGGCCCCACCCCGUCCAACUCUCCAGCAGCGCCCAGCAAGCAUGGUCACCGACUCGGUGCCCGUCGAUGACAAGCUGGCGGCUCUCAACGCCAUGUUCCGGAACAGGACGCGCACGUCUGGCGCAUCCCACGCGAGCAGCCAGGGGUCCAGCCGCAACUCUCCCGUCGGCGCUGGACGCCCAGUGAGCGAGAUGGACCGCGACAGGAUCGUGUCCCGCCCCAUGAGCGAGAUUGUGCGUCGCGUCAGUGAUGAAGCGGACGAGUAG